UGUAUAUAUAUAAAACUCUCCCCUAUCCCACCUCUCUCUCUCCCUCUCCCCACCCUGCUAGGGUUUUGGAGGGCCCCCAUUCUCCUCCUCCGCACCUCGCCCCCAACCGCCCCCUCUCUCUCUGUAACCAUAACCCUAGCCCUAGGGAAUUAGGGAUCUCGUCGUCUAGGGUUUAGGCGGAGCUCGCGCGCCAUGGAUAGAUACACUAGAGUGGAGAAGCCGCGGCCGGAAUCGGUCAUAAACGAGAACGAGAUCCGAAUCACGUCGCAGGGACUCAUCCGGAACUAUGUGAGCUACGCUACGAGCCUCCUACAGGAAAAACGGGUGCGAGAGAUUGUUUUGAAGGCCAUGGGACAGGCAAUCAGCAAGGCUGUGGCUAUUGCAGAGAUAAUAAAGAAAAGGAACCCUGGGUUGCAUCAAGAUACCUCUAUCAGUUCUGUCAGUAUCACUGAUGUGUGGGAGCCUGUUGAAGAGGGCCUUGUACCAUUGGAAUUGACACGCCAUGUUUCAAUGAUCUCGAUCUCUUUGUCGCUGAGAGAGCUGAAUAAGAAUUCCCCUGGAUACCAAGCUCCACUUCAUGCAGAGCAGCCAAAGCAACAAAGAAGACUUCAGCAGACCCAGCAGUAUCAGCAGCCGCCACAAUAUCAAACAAGGCAAACACAAGAUUCAUAUGAACGAGGCCGUGGUAGAAGAAUAGUGAGAGGUAGAGGAAGAGGAAGAGGGUGGAGUAGAGGAGGAUAUGGUGAAUAUGGUGGAUAUGUGAACAAUCAAGGUGGAUAUGGUGGAUAUGGCAACAAUCAGGAUGGAUAUGGAGGAUAUAACUACAAUCAAGGUGGAUAUGGAGGAUAUGAGAACAACCAAGAAAAUGGAGGAUGGAACUCAAAUUGGGGUCGGGGUGGCGGGCGAGGUAGAGGAAAUUGGGGUUACCGUGGUAAGCUCUUAAAACAGCAAACUGUGCCCCUUUCUCUGCUGUUAUGUGCGUCCAGAAUGGUGCAGGAUAUGAAAGAGGCAGAGGUGGUGGAGGGCCCGGAGGUAGAGGUUACAUCCGCGGGCGAGGAAGGAUGGGGGGCCGAGGGAGAGGGAACCAGGCCUAUUAAAAUGGGUGAUGGCUUCUUAAACUUCUCACAGCAUGCUUGGUUGUUUCUUGCGAAAAAGAACUGAGUUAUCCAUUGGCUUGUCAAAUGUGAGGUGUGGUUGUUUGAUCGCUAAGGUUUAAUCAUAAGCUAUGUGGUUUGGUGCUUAAUUUCAUUAUGCAGAAUAUUAGCAAGGUCAUCUCAUGUUCGUAAUUUCUGUGGUUCAAGUACUUGAGCAUGCGAUUAUUCAUUGCCCUUCACUAUUCCUGUACCCACCAACUCUACGGCCUGCAGUAGAAGUCAAUUUUGCAGUUGUUUAUUUUAACCCCGAAAUGUUUGUUUAAAA